CACGUUUUCUAUUUGUCAUUCGUUUACCGUUUCUUUUUUUUUACCACGAUCCCGGACUAAAAUGGCUAAUUUAGUGGCCCGAUUAUCGGUUAAAACAGGCGCACUAAUCACACAACGCAGCAAUGUGGGCGUGGCCGUGUGCAGAUAUGCCAAAUACUCGAGUGGACCGGUGAAUACAGGUGGAUUUAGCAAAAGAACGCGUCGCCUGCUGUCGCUGCUGGGCGGCAGUGCCAUUUCCGUGGCGGCAGUAAUUGCAAUUAUAAAACUCCGUGCCCUGGAGAAUACCGUGAAUGCAGUGAGCCUCAAGAAGCGCAUGCGCGAUGAUACCGAGCUGGAAAAUGUGAAGCUUACGGCACGGGAGCGUCGCUUCAUCAAAUUUGCCUCCGUGGAGUUCGAUGAUCAGCUGUACAUGACGCCCCAGGACUUUCUAGAAUCUGUGGUAGAACAGGAGCCCAGACCACGUCUGAAGCGCCGGCAGCUAUCCAGCGAUGAGGUGGACAAAUACAAGGAAAACACACCCGCAUUGAAGAAGGGCUCCACGCGAUUGUUUCGUAAUUUGAGAGAUAAGGGCAUUGUCUCCUACACGGAAUACCUGUUCUUGCUCUCCAUUUUGACAAAGCCCAAAUCUGGUUUUCGCAUUGCCUUCAAUAUGUUCGACACGGAUGGCAAUCAGCGCGUGGACAAAGACGAAUUUCUAGUGAUAGUUUCCAUUUUGGCUGGCGCCUUUAAAGAGAAUCAAAAUGUUGAUCCCCAAACCAAGCGAAUUCUUUCGCGUUUAGUGUCCUAUGAUGAGAAAAGAGAAAUGCAGAAUAGCCGUAUGCCCAUGGCGAAGAAGGGUCUUAUGGAGCGCAUUUUCAGCGGCGCUUGGAAGGAGAAGCACGGCGAGCAAGAGUCCCAGGAGCUCGAGCAUGAAGUGCCACCCAUUGAGGUAAACCCGAAGCAUGAGAUCCCCAGAGACUAUGUGAACGAUGGCGAGGGACUGCAACGUCGUCAUGUGGUGUCCACCACAUUGCAGCUGCAUUUCUUUGGCAAACGCGGCACGGGAGUCAUCAACUAUGACAAUUUCUAUCGCUUUAUGGACAAUCUGCAGACAGAGGUGCUGGAGCUGGAGUUCCAUGAGUUCUCCAAGGGCAACAGCAUCAUCAGUGAGCUGGACUUUGCCAAGAUUCUGUUGAGAUACACUUACUUGGCCACCGAUGAGUACGAUGUAUUCCUGGAGCGACUGCUAGAGCGUGUGAAGGAUGAAAAGGGCAUAACCUUUCAUGAUUUCCGUGACUUUUGUCAUUUUCUGAACAAUUUGGAUGAUUUUACAAUUGCCAUGCGGAUGUAUACACUGGCAGAUAGGGCCAUAUCAAAGGAGGAAUUCUCACGGGCUGUGAAGAUCUGCACGGGCUAUAGCCUCAGUCAGCAUUUGAUUGACACUGUCUUUGCCAUAUUCGAUGCCGAUGGCGAUGGUCUGUUGUCCUACAAGGAGUUCAUUGCCAUCAUGAAGGAUCGCCUGCAUCGCGGCUUCAAACAAGAGGAUGCUCCAGAUUUGGACGAACGUAUAGAGGUACCCCUUGAAUCGCUCGAGCCCCAAGGUGCAGAGGAGUCUGUGGCCAAGUCCGAGGGCUGGGAUGCCUUCAGGUUUUGUGUGCGCCAGGAGAUGAAGACCCUCAUGAAGUCCUCCAACUAAGGGAACGGAUGGAUCGGGAGGAAUCUAUGAAAAACUACGCCAAAGCCAAACAAAACAAAAUUCUAGUUACCACAAUUUUUCUUCUAAAGAAUCAAAAUCUCUUGUAUAGAAAUUAUUUUAAAAAAUAUUGUUAAUGCAUCGAAUUAUUUAUGAAAUUUGUUCA